GUUCCUCAGAAGGCAGUUUCUUUGAAGCUCGACGCUCUUUCUCGCACUCAAGUCAAGGGCGACACGCGCAACACCUUUUGAAUUAGGGUUGUUUCGAGACACCACCGCGGACGCUCCUGAGUCUUUCCAAAUGCAGACAAACGUGUUGCGCGCCCCCCACGGCCGGGUUCAGGCCCGUGCGCCCUGUGCGCGUCCCCAGCGUCGCGUUGCUGUUGUUUCGCACGCGACCGGAAAUGGAACUGCUGCAUCUGCACUGGGUCUAGACGAGCCGAUCGAGCUUGUCGAUGGGCGCGUUACGAGCGGCCCGGACCUGUCUGUGGAGGUGAACGGCAUGAAGCUGCCCAACCCCUUCAUCAUCGGCAGCGGCCCGCCCGGCACCAACUACCAGGUCAUGAAGAAGGCUUUCGACGAGGGCUGGGGUGGCGUCAUCUGCAAGACUCUGUCUCUGGACUCCUCCAAGGUGGUCAACGUGACGCCCCGCUACGCCAAGAUCCGCGACUACUCCAACCGCGUGUUCGGAUGGCAGAACUUUGAGCUCAUCAGCGAUCGGCCCUUUGACGUGAUGCUGGCUGAGAUGAAGCGGCUGCGGGAGGAGUACCCCAACCGCAUGCUGAUCGCCUCCAUUAUGGAGGAGUACAACAAGGACGCCUGGGAGGAGAUCAUCGGGCGGUGCGAGGAGAUCAAGGUGGACGCGUUUGAGAUCAACUUCUCCUGCCCGCACGGACUGCCGGAGCGCAGGAUGGGCAUGGCCAUGGGCCAGGACCCCGAGGUGCUGGGCGAGGUGUGUGGCUGGAUCAACAAGGCCGCCACCGUGCCGGUGUGGGCCAAGAUGACGCCCAACGUCACCGACAUCUCCUUCCCCGCGGACGUGGCGCUAAAGGCGGGCUGCGAGGGCGUAGCCGCCAUCAACACCAUCCAGUGCAUCAGCGGCGUGAACCUGGACACGCUGCGCCCCGAGCCCUCGGUGGAGGGCUAUUCCACCCCCGGCGGCUACUCGUGGAAGGCGGUAAAGCCCAUCGCACUGGCCAAGUGCACCUCCAUCGCCAAGCUCAUCGCGAAGGACUACGCCGGACAGGGCAAGUCGCUGAGCGGCAUUGGCGGUGUGGAGACCGGCGGCGAUGCGGCCGAGUUCAUCCUGCUGGGCAGCGACACAGUGCAGGUGUGCACGGGCGUGAUGAUCCACGGAUACCCCGUGGUCAAGAACCUGUGCGGCGGGCUGCAGAAGUUCAUGCAGAAGCACGACUUCAAGUCCAUCGCCGAGUUCAAGGGCAAGUCGCUGCCCUACGUCACCGUGCACAGCGAGCUGGUCAAGCGCCAGCGCGACGCCAUCAGCGCCAAGAAGGCGCGGCAGGGGCUGGCCAACGACGCCGAGUGGAGCGGCGAGGACUUUGUUAAGAACGCCGACAGCAUGGCUGUCAACCGGUAAUGCGUGGCUAAGCGUGUCACACGUGCGGCCGUGCCGGUUUGGCGGUCACGAGUGUCGAUCGGUGGAGCGCACCCCGGCGUGGCGGUAGAGAGCGCCUAAGCUUGGAAGUCGGGCUCCCGUUGGAUUGCGUGUGAGAGGGCUUGGACGGGGCUUUGUGCGGAUGUGAAGCGGGCUGCAGCUGGCUAUGGCAGCAGCCGCGGCAGCGGCGCCAGCGGCGUGCGGCUCGGGGCGCACUCCUGGAGGUGCGGCGCGGUCCUCAGCUGCUCUUGGUUGGUGCCAUCGAGCCAUGUGUUUGGGUCAGUCGUCGGGCUUAGGUUGGAAUGCAUGCGACGGCAUGGAUUGGGUUGUGCGCGGCACAUGUGCGCCUGCGGGCGCAAGCAUGGAGGUCAGGGGUCACAGCAGGUUACCACAUACAGCAGUUGCAAGGUUAGCCCAGGCGCGUGUGGGAGGAAGCACCGCCUUAGGUUUUGACGGAUUGCCGGCUGCAGCAGCUAUACGCCGGCGGUGGCGGACCUCGCUCGUUCAGUUUGAGGCGUGUGCAAUUGUGAUUUAUGUCCUCGGACCGCCUGGAGACAAGACAGCGGCGUGAGCUGCAACGUGUGUUGUGCGUGCCAUUGCCACGUGAUGUUCGUUGCAGUCGUGUUUUUAGACACACGAGUUAGUUGCCGCGUGACCCAUGCCCAGUACGAUGGGCAUGGCCGCAAGUACGCGGUUGUGCGUACAUGUACGAAUACGGUAGAUGGGGUUUGCGGCCCUGACAAUGCUUUGUAUUUUUGCGUUGUGUACAUGCUGGCUGUAAAACUGAGCCCCAGCUCUCUAAUUCAGGGGAGCUCUCUAACUCCCCUGCUCUAAUUGUUUACGCAGUGCAUUGGUUUGUUAUGAGGGUUCGAAGCCGGGACGGAGGCAAUUCCCUGGCGUGUGCCGCGACCUGUGUGCUUGAAAGAUCCUUUCAAACUUCGUAUCCG